GUGCCGUUUCAUACAUACACCGUACCCAGUAAUUCUGCUUGAAUACAAACAUCCUGCAAUAGAAACAGACGAAAGCCUGCUGGUUAUCAUUAUCAUGUAUUAUCAGAUACAGUAUGUACUGAUCAGAGAAAGUCCUUGGAUGCGCAAAACCCUAAGCCCUAACCUCAUCCCGAUCGGGUUAUAUAGGCCAGCUUAAGUAAAGCAAUACUGAUCGCGUCUCUCCGCGUCGCGCGCGCGAAAGCCCAGCCUCCUCUCUUUCUCCUGCCAGCCUUUCCAUCGCCUCUUCAUCACCACGACAACUCCCCUCUCCACUCUGUUCCUUCUGUCAUUAUCAUCUGCAUCCCUUCAAUGCUUUCUUAUCGAUAAGCACUUUGGCUUAAAAUCAAAAGAAAAAGUUCCUCUCACGUGCUUAAGUACAAACGCUUACACCGUCAUCGUUAUCGUUAUCGUCACCAUGACUACCGUUGCGAGUACUGCUUCUACUCUCUCCAAAGACGCAAACUCGAAACGACGUCGUUUCCAACCACCAAUUACCAGUUAUUUCGCAGCUACGGGACCUACUACUACGGAGAGUAAUCAUAAUGAUAAUGGAACUAGCUCCCCUCUCUCCCACCACAACUACUCUGCGCCUACAUACUCCGCCUCCCCCGCGCUGCCGCAUAAAAUCCAGUCGUCACUCUUGAGUGUCGGAAUGCGUGUCCGGAAGUCUGUCCCGGAGGGAUACAAGACGGAGGCGUUGAAGCCUAGUGUAUAUGCCUUGGCUGCGGCCAAAGAGAGCACGAGCGGGGGAUACAUCGCCAGUCGCACGUCGUAUGCAGAACUGGCGCCCUAUUGCGGUAUUCAUAAGAUUGGCAACUAUGCUGUUCAGACAUUCCCGUCACCAGCUGCGGAGUUCGGGGCUGGUUCGGAGCAAAUCUCGACAGAUGAAGGAGAUGCCUUCUCCCUGCCAUCGAGCAGUCAGGAGUCGGUCGCGUCUUCGAUUCCUCCACCCAAUCCGCAUAAGCGCACCUAUGACGAGGACUUAGAAGAGGACGACGAAGAUCACGAUAUGGAUGCUAGCGGUAUCUGGCAUGAUCCUCUUGCUUCUAGCCGGUUCAACACAUACAAUACCUCGCCCUCUCUCUCCCGACGGACGAUCUUGUCUCCGAAAUUGGGCCAGCAGAGACGCCAGUUCCCCGGUGCAGCCAAGCUCUCUCGGGGCCAGGAGAACCGAGAUCCAUUCUCUACAUCGACCACUGGCGCCAUGGACGUUGAUGAUUUCGAAGAACCUGCCUUCCUCCGCCGGCGCGAGGAAGUCGACGCAGACUACCUCACCAAUGGCAGCGAGGUCGAGAUGAGAGGUGCUUGAUGUGUUACAUUAUUUACACUCACCUUUCAUCUAUCAGUUAUCCCUUCCACCACAUCUUAUGCUAUACCCUGUUCCAUCAUACCGUGUCAUAUCGCUGUCCUUUCUCAUGCUCAUUUUGUUUUCUGAUAUGUAUUUUUUUUUUUUCUCUCUCUUCUUCUUAUUACUUACUGUACGGUGUUCAUGGGAAUGUAUCAACGUGAGCGUGAUUGUUUGGAAUUGAAAGGAAUAUUCUUGUCCAUUGUUCUCAAGUGUCGUUAUUAUUAGCUGUUUCACCAGUCGGGUCUGCUGGUCAGUGAUCCACCCGGCUGUCAUUUUCUUUGCCUAAAUAGAACAUAUUCUCGUUUUCUAUUUUACUUACUUACUUUCCUGAGGCUGGUAUUAGUUACAAUUUUGAAAUAUUAUAUCUAUUCCUCAGCCAUAUAUAUCAUCG